UUAAUAACCCGAAACAGGCUAGUUUGCUAUUAACGUUAACGUGAAUUGAUAUUACAAUUCCCUAUACACCGUUGCAUUGCACAUCCAUGUCGUUAUCUUAGUACUUGGACAUAAUUCAUGUUGGUGUUUUGAUGAUUUGUUUUGUUGGAUCAUGAUUAACUAUGGAUAAAUUUAUUAAAUUAAUUUUCUUGGCUCUUUUCGGCACAUUUGCUUUAUCUCGUGGAGAUUGUCCUGAUAAUUACUUCGAAGGUCCAAACGGAAAUUGUUAUUCGUACCAAUACUCGUCAUCGUCCUCCGGGUCUUACUGGGCAACUGCUCGUUUGCUUUGUUCGCGCACAAACAAUUCUGACCUUAUCAUUCUGGACGACGAGGCCGAGUACAACUGGUUUGUCAAUUUAACAUCAACCGUCGCUCCAAACUCAUCGUGGUGGUUAGGAUAUCAUGAUAGCUCAGUCGAAGGAGAUUGGAGAUGGGUUGAUUGUGGAGAAACAACAGAAUGGCAUCGCACCCUGUGGUCCCCUGGUUACCCUGGCAACGAUAGAAACGAUUGUGGAGUGCUCCUGCCUAGCGGAGAGAUUGAUGACGUCGUAUGUGACAUCCCUGUCAACUAUUUCUUAUGCGAAAUCAGUCCUAAAGAUUUUUCAGCAGACGAAGCUCGUCCAACCAAUCUAACUGCCGAAACAACAUCCACUCUCACAGUCUCCCUGAAGUGGGAUGUCUCUCCAUUCAAUUGUGAUGUUUUUGGAUAUAGAGUAAAAAUUACCGAUGGACAGAUGGGGACUACUCAAGAGACGGUGUACGGAGGUAAUACCAACGAAUUAUUGAUAUCUUUGGACCGUGUCAAGACAGAUUAUUCUUUUACUUUAAAUACCUGGACCAUUUUGAAUGGUGAACUGGACAUGAUUGGCCCAGUAACUGCCUCAACAGGUUCUUGCCCUGUUGAUUUUGAGGAAAGCCCUGGUGGAAGAUGUUAUCAUUUCAGAGUUCCGACCAAUGGAGAGUGGUGGACGGCAGGGAGGAGGUCAUGUGAUGACACAGAGGAUGGUGACCUUGUCAUCAUCAAUAACGAAGAAGAAUGGAACUUUAUCAUGAACAGGACCGCUGAGAUAGAUCCAGAUGGAAAAUGGUGGAUUGGAUUAUCUGACCUGACCUCCGAAGGUGAUUGGCGAUGGGUGGAUUGUACGGAGUCAAACAACUGGCAGGAUAAUCUAUGGGGACCCGGCUAUCCCACUUCUGAAAAUUUCCAAGAUUGUGCCAUCUUGCAUCCAAAUGGAACCAUUCAAGAUGGUGGUUGCGAUCUACGCCUUAACACAAUCUGUGAGAUAUCUCCAAAAGAGUUUGAUGAGGAUACAGUGUUGGUGGACGAUCUUAUGAUCUCUGGAUCUUCCACUACCAGCCUCGAAGUCACAUGGUCUGUACCUCAGUAUGGUUGCAGUGUGGUGGGAUACCGUAUCUAUUAUUCUAUGGAAGACAGCAUGGAUGAAAGAAAAUUUAUGUAUGUAUCAGGAGGUGACAUCACACAUACCAUCAUACAAGAUCUACGAGCCAAUACAACAUACAACGUCACUGUAGCUGUCUACAUCAAUAAGGAUUAUGAACUUGGUGAAUCUCCAGCUGUAGAGGGCUCAACAAUGCCUUGCCCAGCAAACUACGAGGAGGGGCCCAAUGGUCAUUGCUACUGGUUUUCUGUGACCCCAUAUGGUUAUAUGUGGUAUUGGGGUCGACAGGACUGUGCUGAAGAAACUGAUUCGGACCUGGUCAUUGUCAGUGACGAGGAGGAGCUGGACUUCCUUCGUACUCGUGUAGCUGAGCUGUCUGGAGAUGAUAGGGACUGGUGGAUUGGUCUGUCUGGGUCACCCUAUUGGUCUUGGGUUGACUGUACAGAACCCAACCCUUGGCAGGAUACCCUCUGGGCACCUGGUAAUCCUCGACCUGACAGCUAUGGCUGUGCUGUUCUCAACGCCUCUGGGCAGAUCAUAGACACUGGUUGCGAUAUCAAGCACCAUUUCAUCUGUGAGAUAUAUCCUAGAGGUUUUUCAGGAGAGGAUCAAAACGUUCAGGAUAUGAAGGCCACUCCAUUGAUGUACGGCAUGGAGGUCAGUUGGACUCUGGCUCCAUUACACUGUGAUGUUGAAGCCUACACGGUCACUUACAGAGAAGACGUGGAAGGGUCAAGGGAAUUCUCCGCUUUUCAGUAUGGAGAAGACUCUACAUCUACAACCGUUACUGGCUUGUACCCGAAUAGAACAUACAAUGUCUCUGUAGCGGCUCUUCUCAACACAAAUGUACUGUUGACUCCUGUAGGUCCAGAGCAAGUUACCACACCGCCUUGCCCUGAUAACUAUGAAGAGGGACCGAACGGUCACUGCUACCGUUUCAGGAUCCUUGACGAUGGAACACGAUGGAUGAGAGGCAGGCAGACCUGCGACAAUGUGGACGAUUCUGACUACGUGAUCAUCAACGAUGAGGAGGAACUCAACUACCUUCUCAAUCGAAGUGCUGAGGUGGACCCUGAUAUGACGUGGUGGAUUGGUCUGUCUGAUCUAUCAUCACCUGGAUCCUGGGAAUGGGUAGAUUGCAGCACCCCGACCCCUUGGCAGGCAGGACUAUGGGCACCUACCUAUCCCACCGGUGCACGGUCCCGUUGUGCUGCCCUCCAGCCCGAUGGCAGUGUGGUUGAUUUCCCCUGUGAGACCAGGCUUAGCUACCUCUGUGAACUCCUUCCUAAAGGCUUCGAUGCUGAUGCAAUCAUGGUUCAAAAUGUAACAGUGGAAGAAUACUCUAACUACAUCAAUGUCAGAUGGGUUCUUCCAGAGAAUAAUUGUGAUGCUAUCGGCUAUGUGAUCUACUAUCAGUUAUCUGAUGGUACAGGAGAAAGGAAAUCAGUGUAUGUCAAUGGUGGAGAAUCUACCAGUGGUGCCGUUAAAGCUUUACCACUUGGCACCUCAUACUCUUUGACUGUAGCAGUGAGCACAAGUAAAGAGAUGGAGCUCCAGGAAACACCACCCAUCAAUGCUUCUACAGCUUCAUCUUGCCCCACUAACUAUGAAGAGGGCCCUAACGGGGGAUGCUAUCGAUUCAUCGUUGAUGACGUUGGUACCUGGUGGCAUUACAGUAGACAGGGUUGCAUUUUUGAUGUCGACUACUCUGAUCUCCUGGUCAUCAACGACCAGGAAGAGCUUGACUUUGUCAUGAACAGGACGGCGGAGAUGAGUGCUAACGCCAGCUGGUGGAUCGGUUACUCUGAUCAGUCAGUAGAAGGAACAUGGCAAUGGCUUGAUACCUGCCAGGAGUCAACUACUUUCCAGGAGUCCCUCUGGGCUCCUGAUUACCCUAGUAUCAUGACCCAUGACUGCGCUGCUCUCCAGCCGUCUGGUGAGGUCGUUGACCUAGUCUGCGACGCUCUUGUUCGUGGUUAUGUAUGUGAGAUAGCAGCAAGAGAGUUCGACUGGUCUGAUGCAAACGUUGAGGAUCUAACAGCCACAGGGAUUAUGUAUGGUCUUGAGGUGACUUGGACGGUGUCUUCAACAAGUUGUGAUGUGAUAGGUUACAGGAUUACCUACCAGCUUGAUGAACCAGGCUCAGAUUCAGAAUUCAUGAUAGUAUACGGUGGAGAUGCUGAUAGUGCUAUUAUAUCUGGUCUGCUUCCUGAAAGGAGAUAUUCCGUAGGUGUUGGACUCAUCCUCAGCUUGGAUGCUGAGCUCUCACCUGUCACCACCGUUGGAACCACACUGACAUGCCCAAAUAAUUACGAGGAAGGCCCGAAUGGUCACUGUUACCGAUUCAGGAUACUAGACAGCGGUUCUCAUUGGCCGACUGGCCGAAGGACAUGUGACAAUGUAGAGGACUCUGAUCUAGCGGUCAUCGAUGAUCCUGGGGAACUUGCUUUUCUUGUCAACAGAAGUGCAGAGAUAAACCCAAAUAUGACAUGGUGGAUUGGUCUAUCUGACCUGUAUGUUGCUGGAGAAUGGAGAUGGGUCGACUGUACCACCACUACCAGCUACCAAGAUACCCUAUGGGCUCCAGAUUACCCCUCGGAUAUGAAACUGACCUGUGCUGCUCUUCAGCCAAGUGGUGACGUCAUCAACCUUCCUUGUGAUAGAAGAUUCAGUUAUCUGUGUGAACUGUAUCCUAAAGGUUUUGAUCUUAAUUCUCAAGUUGUUGAGAAUGUAAGAGCAACAGGAGGGAUGUAUACCAUCGACGUCACAUGGGACCUACCAGAGAAUGGAUGCAAUGCUGUAGGAUACAAGAUCUACUAUGAAAUAACAGGAGAAGACAGUGAUGUGUUUAGAUCAGUAUAUGUCAAUGGUGGUGACUCUGUUAACGGGACCGUCUUUGACCUCCGUGCAAAUACUUCCUAUAACAUCUCAGUUGCUAUUAUGACAAGCAAAGAUAUUGAGCUUGGUAGAACUGAACCAGUCACUCUCUCUACAGAUGAAUGUCCAGACAUUUACGAGGAAGGUCCCAAUGGUCACUGUUACCGAUUCAGGAUACUAGACUAUGGUUCUACUUGGCCGACUGGUCGAAGGACAUGUGACAAUGUAGAGGACUCUGAUCUAGCGGUCAUCAAUGAUCCUGAGGAACUUGCUUUUCUUGUCAACAGAAGUGCAGAGAUAGACCCAACUAUGACGUGGUGGAUUGGUUUAUCUGACCUUCAUGUUGCUGGAGAAUGGAGAUGGGUGGAUUGUUCUACCCCUACCAGCUACCAUAACACUCUCUGGGCUCCAGAUUACCCCUCGGAUGAUGAUCUUACCUGUGCUGCUCUUCAGCCAAGUGGCGACAUCAUCAACCUUUCCUGUGACAGAAAAUUCAGCUAUCUGUGCGAACUAUAUCCUACAGGUUUUGAUCUUAAUUCUCAAGUUGUUGAGAAUGUAAGAGCAACAGGAGGGAUGUAUACCAUUGACGUCACAUGGGAGCUACCAGAGAAUGGAUGCAAUGCUGUAGGAUACAAGAUCUACUAUGAAAUAACAGGAGAAGACAGUGAUGUGUUUACAUCAGUGUAUGUGAAUGGUGGUGAAUCUAUGGGUGGUUCUGUUACUGGUCUUCAUGCCAACACAUCCUAUAACAUCACAGUUGCUAUUAUGACAAGCAAAGAUAUUGAGCUUGGUAGAACAGAACCAAUCACUUUAUCUACAGUUCCAUGCCCUGAGAACUACGAGGAGGGGCCCAAUGGCCACUGCUAUCGAUUCAGAAUCCUGGAAUACGGUUCCUGGUGGCCCACAGGACGGAGGACCUGCGACAACGAGCCCGACUCUGACCUGGCCAUCAUCGACGAUCCGACGGAGCUGGAUUUCUUGAUUAAUAGAACAGCUGAGAUUGAUCCAAACAUCAUGUGGUGGAUAGGUUAUUCAGACCAGUCUGUUGAAGGCGACUGGCGAUGGAUCGAUUGCAGUGAAUCGUCUCGUUGGCAGGAUACACUAUGGGUUCCUGGUCACCCUGGUAACGGUCGUCUGGACUGUGCAGCAUUGCAACCUGAUGGUCAGAUUGUUGAUCUGGUUUGUGAUACUCCUCUGAGUUAUCUUUGUGAGAUAGCACCAAAAGGAUUCAGGGAUGAAGAUGCUAAUCCUCAUGACCUUAAUGCCACAGCAACGACCUAUGGCCUGGAGGUCACAUGGACUGUAUCUAUGACAAGCUGUGAUGUGAUUGGCUAUCGUAUUUCCUAUUACUUGACUGGAGAUAUCUCCACCAGGGCUUCAAUUUUUGUCUACGGUGGGGAUACCUCUAGUGUAGUGGUCAGAGGCAUGCUACCAAACACAACGUAUGAUGUCACAAUAGCUGCACAUACUAGCAAAGAUGUAGAGCUUAGUCCAGUAGGCCCAGUCACAGCAACAACAGAACCUUGCCCGGAUGACUACAGCCUUGCUCCCAAUGGAAGAUGUUACCGCUUUGUUGAGGGCAGCCCGUCUUUCUGGCACUACACACGUGAAACCUGUAUGACGCGUAAGGACUCUGAUCUCGUGAUCAUCAACGAUCAAGAGGAGCUGGACUAUAUCAUGCAACAGAUAAAUGCUACUGGGGAUACAAAUAACUGGUGGAUAGGUUAUCAUGAUACUUCUGUGGAGGGUGAAUGGAGAUGGGUGGACUGCACCGAGUCUGACAAUUGGCAGAUGAGCCUGUGGGCUCCCGGUUCCCCUAGCAACGAGAUGCCAGACUGUGGAUCUCUGACAUCUUCAGGGGAGAUCGAGGCUCAAGUCUGCGACGUCAGGUUUAAUUUUGUCUGUGAGGUAUCUCCUAAAGGUUUUGAUCCUACUGAACUGAAGGUAGAGAAUCUGGAGACAAGUGGUGCUUCUUACGGUGUGGAGAUAUCAUGGUCUGUACCAGAGAAUGCAUGUGAUGUCUAUGGCUAUAAGAUAUAUUAUCAAGAGAUGGAGAAUGACAGAGAAGAAUUCAAAAUCAUCUACGGUGGAGAUUCUACUGGAGCUCGUAUUCAAGGCCUAUUACCAAACACAACUGUGAAUAUCAGUGUAGCUGUCCUCAUCUCUGCUGGUGAACUAGAGAGAGUUGGACCAGUCUUGGGCCAAUCUGACCCAUGUCCAACUGGCUAUGAGGAAGCAGCUAAUGGGCGGUGCUACAGGUUCCAUGACUUUGGUCGCUAUGGUAACGACUGGGACAAUACAAGAUUCUACUGCUCUGAACCGGGUUACAAUUUUGAACAAGACCUGAUGAUUAUAGACGAUGAGUGGGAGUUGGAAUACAUCACUAAUAGGACUAAAGAGUUCAAUGAUAGCAGAGAUUGGAGAAUAGGAUAUUCUGAUCUCUCUGUUGAGGGAGAUUGGAGGUGGAUCACGUGUGCAUCGUCAAAUGAUUGGCAGAAAAGUCUCUGGGCAGAAGGUUACCCUCAGAACGGCCUGGACGACUGCGGAGUGUUCGACCCGGACACCAUGACUAUCUACGAUCAGGUCUGUGACACGAUGAAUAUUAACUACAUCUGUGAAGUCACUCCAAAAGACUUCGAUAGAGGGGAUGAGAACGUGUUCAACGUCAAUGCCACGGCCAUUGCGUGGGACACCGUACGGGUCACAUGGAAUGUAUCUGAAUACAAUUGUGAUGUCGUCCUUUACAAAAUCUACUAUCUCGAUACAUUCCUUGGAGGAAAGCCAGAGUGGGCUUUGGUGUAUGGCGGAGGCGUUGACAGCUAUGACCUGACCAUGUUACAACCAAGCACCCGUUACAGCAUCACAGUGGCUGGUGAAAGGAUUGAUGCAGAGCUUCCUCAGGUUGGACCGGUCUACGUCACCACACCUGAAGGGCCUUGUCCUGCUUACUAUGAAUCUGGUCCUAAUGGCGGUUGCUAUCGGUUUGUCACCAGCGAGUAUGGAUCUAUCUGGUCCAGUGGCAGGAGUGGGUGUGCAGCGGUCGAUGACUCUGACCUGGUGAUCAUCGAUGACCAGGCGGAGUUUGAGUUCAUCGUCAAUCGCACCAAGGAUUUCUAUCCCAUCAGGGAUUGGUGGAUAGGUUUUUCAGAUUUCUCGGUUGAGUCUGACUGGCGCUGGCUGACCUGUGAUGCCCCUACUGAUUGGCAGAAUACCAUCUGGGAGACGGGGUACCCUAGAAACGGUCUCCAUGACUGCGGUGCUCUUAGUUCAACCAGCGGACAGGUCAUUGAUGAUGUUUGCGACAAACCAAACUAUUAUAUCUGUGAGAUUACACCUAAAGACUUCACCUCUGCCGAUAUGAAUGUCCGUGAUGUGAUGGCAUCCCCUCUAUCAAACACAGAGAUAGAUGUUUCUUGGGUCCUAUCUAACAUCACAUGUGAUGUCUAUGGAUAUAAGAUCUACUAUGGACCACAAGGAGAGCCAUUGGAUAUUACACAGUUCCAUGUAGUCUAUGGUGGUAACGUAUCAUCUCUGACUGUACCUGGUCUAUCACCAUCAAUGACUUAUGUGUUCCAUGUUGCUGCUCUGAUCCCAGAUCGACUGGAACUGCCAAGAAUAGGACCCGCUAAUGCAACCACAUAUUCAGAAUGUGGACGUAUCAUAGUUGACGGGGAUGGAAUGAUUAUGAGUGCUGACUAUCCCAAUGGGUAUUAUGGGCCAGAAACGUGUGAAUGGCUUAUCAGUGCUCCCGUCAACCAGUUUGUAUUAUUGCAGAUCCUGAAUUUUGACACCCGCGCUGGAGUUGACUUUGUGGUGAUCGGUAGCGGUGUUGACUUCUCUUCGGAGAGCACCCUCUAUGUUCUGUCGGGGUCCAAGGACAACGCUGGAACCACACCCAUCCCUGACAAGAUCCUCAGUCCUGAUCAACACCUGUGGAUAUCCUUCAAGACUUCGGAAUCAACCCUCGAUCAUGCAGGCUUCUUGAUGUAUGUUACGAUGGUUACUCAAGGUCCUGGGGAACCAACAAGAGCAUAUGACGAGAUAACAGAAGAAGGAACAUUGACGUCACCAGGGUGGCCAGAUGACCAUCCAAACUUUGUGGACAUAACGUGGACCCUGAUUGGCCCAAAGACUGGUCGUGUCCGAAUGAACUCCAUCGAAGGCGUCCUUGAGAGUGGUUAUGACACCCUGACCAUUGGUUACGGAAACCCUGACUCUUCGGUUAUUGCUACCUACACUGGGGAUUUUAAAUCCGAUGAAGAAAUAUCGUCACCAACCUAUAAUUUCUGGGUGCGCUUCAAAGCAGAUGAGACCAUAGCUAAUAAGGGUUUCACCCUCUAUUGGGAGUCUUUUGAUGAUCAAGCUUCCUGUGGGAGCCAGGAAUUGCUUGAAGGUUCGGGGUCGGUGAUGUCCCCCAACUAUCCUCAACCGUACCCUGACAACCAAGAGUGUACCUGGUUUAUCAGACUUCCCAGCAUGAAUCAUCUUGUCAGAGUUGAGUUCAAUGCAUUCUCUCUGGAAGAGAACCAUGAUUUCUUAGUGCUUGGUACUGGCAAGACAAUCAACGAGGAAGUGAUUGUCAUACUAACAGGAGAUACUCUACCGACCCCUGUGCAGAGUGCUAGCUAUCGAAUGUGGCUGCAGUUUAAAUCUGAUGAGUCCUUCUCAUCCACAGGAUUUUCACUGGAGUAUAGUAGCAUAGACAAUCCAGAACCACCUACACCUUACAAUGAGAUAGCCGAUUCUGUGAUCUUCAUUGUACAGAAUGAACCUAUUGGAUGGUUCACUCCUGUUCGUCAGGAAGACCUUGCCACUGCUAUAGCUACAUCGAUGACUGAUUACUGCAGGGAUAAAUCCGAUACCUGUGAAGCGAUACGACGCAGAAGAAGAGAUGCAAGUAUUCUAGAGCUAACCUUCAGCGCCAGUGACGUUGAAUUCCUUGACACUGUUGCGGUUGAGAACGACCUCCACAUCACCACCUGGGUAGGCAACCCCAGCAUGGCCGACGAGGACAUCAUCCUGGGCAUCGAACCUGAGAUCGUACAAACCUCUCUCAUGGAGGAGACUUCGCAGACCACGAUCAAGGACAUCAUGGGGGAGGGGUUUGAGUACACCGUCACCCCCAGUGCGCAACCUACGACUGGUGGACCAAGGACCGAUCCCCCUACACAGGGACUUGAACCAUGGGCCAUCUCAUUGAUAGUGAUUGGGAGCUUCGCUUUAGUUGUAUCAACAGUGGUGGGAAUAGAGGUCAGACAUCGACGGAAGAAAAGAAAUAUGCAGACUGGUGAUGGUAUCAUGAACUCGCAAGAUUUGCAAACAUACAAAUAUGAAGAAGAACCGGAAUACGCAUCGCCAUUAAAGCGGUCUGAGAGGCCGUCAACGUCAACCUACACCAAUGCAACUUAUUCUGAUGCUGCUAUUCCUGGUGAAGAUAAUGACGGUUUUGAUGAUGGAGAAAACACUCACUUUUGAUACUUCUUCUUAUUACAGUUUCUUGUCUGAAACUUUAAUUAUUAUUUUUUUAAAUUCUUGUUACUGCUUACCCUAUAUAUUUUCUGUAUAUGUUUGUACUUGUAUAAAGUGUGUUGUAGUGUAAAAAGCUACACGUAACAUGUAGACAACAAAAUUUAGAAAACAUCAAACUAGUAUUUGCUUCUUCUAUAUCUGUAAGGAAUUCAUUUAUUGUUUAUUUUGGUUUUUUAAUGUUCAUUCUAUGCAUGUAAGGAAUGUGUGUUAGUUUUAGUAUUGGUAAAAGGUGAUCUCUUCAAUAACUUAAAUCAACUUAAGUGUAUUCCUACAUUAAUUUUUGUAGAAAAAAAGGUGCACGUUUAUGCAAAAUAUGCAAGAAAUGGAACUUGAAAAGUGCAGUACUAUAUAAAUGUCAUAUUCUAAACAUUUGUUCUUUGUUAUAUUGUCCAUGUACUAACAAGGCAUUAAAAAUUCUUAGCAUUUUCCUAUAUAUUUUGUGUCUUCUUUGGUUCUGCUUUUCUGUCGCUAAUACUUUGCUCUUCCUCUUUUUCUUUUCUUCAUCUUUCCCUUCUUAGUAUGUUAUUUUUUUAUUUCAUACAUGUUUAUCUGGUUCUGUUUUUUCUUUAUCUGUUAUUUUUAGGUAUAGACGAAUAUUACAUCUAUAUUUGUUGUUUACAAAAUUAAAAAUUCAAUUACAAAGUGAAUUAAGAAGUAAAACAGAAAUUCUGUUCAAAUUUCACCUAUUUUGUAGCAUUCUUUUCCUCCCAGUAUUGUAAGCCUUGGGAUUUAGAAAUAUGCCAUUUUAUGUUGUUUAUUUUGUUAUAAGAUUUCUCUUUUCUAUUAAAAUGUAUUCAAUAUUAUCAACUUUUCAAGAUUUUUCCUUCAUGUCACAAGUGUUUUCACUUGCACACUAGCUCUCUACGGAAUCAUUUGGUCCCAUAUAACUUAUGUGUGAUUAUUUUUUUCCUCUAAGUGAUCAAUGAGUCAGUCGGCCAUUCCGUUUUCUCAUUUGUGUAUGUUGUUUUUGGGGGGUUUUCUUUGUAUGUUUUGGGGUGGGGGGUUAGUGAAGCAAUGAAAUAUUUUUUACUUGCACAAUCCAUAUAUUAAUUGUUUGAUUGAUAGAGACACAAACAGUUGUGUGCCAUGAAUUAUUGAAUAAAGUAAAUU